ACGACCUCCAAUUUUUCUAUCACCUCAAGCCAACCAACCAUCUACCUCUUUCCUCAUCUCAUCAAUACACCUGGAUCGCAUCAGUUCUGACCUGCUCGAAAAAACCAACCCAAAUCAAAAAUCAAUAACCAAAUCAUGUCCCGCGAAGCAUACCAAGUCCCCCCAACCUUGGGCGGCCAAAACGCCUUCAGCAACGACGGCCUCGGUUCCAGCUCCCUGGACGGUCCUAUCGUCGCCUACCUGUGCGGCGAGUGCAACUCCCGUGUCUCGCUGAAACGCGGUGACCAGAUCCGCUGCAAGGAGUGCGGACAUCGUGUCUUGUACAAGGAAAGAACCAAACGUAUGGUUCAAUUCGAAGCCCGAUGAGCGGAGAAGAUCUGAUAUCGUGUAUGUUGCGGGAGAUUGGGCCCGAGAUGAAGGGAGUGAGAAAGAUUCAUUGCGUUCGUUGUUUGCCAGUUACGAUUAUUUAUUUAUUUUUUUUUUACGUGCAUUUGUUGGCGCUUUGGGAUUUGAGUGAUUCAAGAGUACAUUAUGCAGUACUGCAAUGGUUGUCUUACAUGGCUUGUUGAAGAAGAGGAGACAAGUAUGAACAAUAGUCCUUGAUAUCUAGCG